CAGGUCUUUAAUGUAAAUUAGUUUUGACAGGACUGCUAGGCAAAGACCUGGCCCAUCCCAUCGUGAUGCUAGCCGACAACCCCUUACUGCUCCUGGAGCAAGGAAACAUGUGGAAGGAAUUGUUCUUUUACAUUUCACAGCUUGUCAUUUCCUCUGCAGGGCAACCUCUGACCUCCUUGAAAGAUCCUGACACCCAUAAGGGAAGUAUUCCCACUGUUGUAAAGGAAGUGGAAAAGCAGUUUAAUGCUGUGAAAGGAGGAGAAACGUGUGUGCUAGAAGAAGCAGGGAGGAAAAGAGAAGAGCUUAAAAAGCUUCCAGCAGAGAAUUAUUUUUACCAAGAUUGCCAUGGCUGUGCAGACAAGUUUUGCGUGAGGGAAGGCCAAGCAGGACAUCACAAGAUCAACUGGAAUAACUCACCUGACCAAUGUUAUCGAGAAAAGUCAGAUCCUGGGAACAGGGGAAGCACAGAAGAAGGGAAAGCAUCUGCAGAGACCAAUUUUUACUUGGAGGAGUUAGAGAAAUACACUUUUUCUGUGUGCUGCCGUUCUGCUGCUGAAGUGAAACUAUCCAGACAGGUUGCUGAGCGUUUCCAUUUUGUGGUGUACGCAGCCUUCUCAGAGCUGGGACCGGGACACUGGCGCUCUGGGGACUUCUGGCUGCUUGUACUGCUUGUCGUUUUGCUUUGGUUUGUGAGACUUUACCUGCAUUAUUUGAGCCAAUGGCUCUUCCUUCAGUCCAUCUCAGUUCCUGUCACAAAGUAA